AUGGCCGAUAAUCUCGAGAUCCUCGAAGCCUUGGUUUCGGACCUGCCUUCAGGGCGUUACCUAGAGUUCUUGGAUGACGUGCAGAACCAUGCUGGGAACACACUCAUGGGCCUAAAAACUGCCAAAACACCUGCCACGAACGCCGUCAGCCCCCCCUCUUCGAGUAGCUACGUCCCACCGGCAAAGACACAAACGUGGGCCAAGCCUAGCGGCUGGACAUCGAGGUACGGAGUAUCAAGGAAGACCCCGUAUGUAGGAGGCGGCCGGUCUUGGAUAGAUCCCGACUUCCCUCGACUGAACCAUGAUACGUUCGAGCCGGUCAACCCUCCGGACCUUGGCGACACGAUUCCGGAGCCGCAUCCCGAGGACCUUGAUCGCUUGUUGCAGGCCGAAGAGAUGCAACGCUUGGCGCUCGGCGGUAUGCGCACAUGGGAGGCCGCUCUCAUGGUGCAGGAAGAGGAGAACAUGCCGAAAGAGACCGAGCCCCUUGCAUCCAGCGGGACGCUGGCGGACAGCGACAUGAUCGACGAGUCGAAGUGGUUUAGAGUCUUAGGAAAGGAUCGAUGGGUCUGCGACUUUGAAGAAUUUGUCGACGGAGACGGAGAAAACAGGAAGUGGUCUGUCGAUGAUGCGAUUCUCUGGGCAGAGCUUCGACAAGUCCUAGACAUUGCAAACCGCAUUCUCAAACAGGCUUCUUACACCAGGUGGAUGUCUACGUUCCUCGAUAUGAGGACGAUCCGCGCCACCAAAAACGUACAGUUGCCCAAAGGCCGCAAAAGUAACGAAAGGGGCACAAUAUGGAGGGCCACAGAAAGAGGAAUCGAUGGCCGCUUUGACGUGAGCGAUUACAUAGAAGCCAUUGACCACUUCUGCGAGGAUGUCAGUUUCACCUUUAACUCUGUCAACCGCAAUUCAGAGGCGCCCAACGGCUGUCCUUAUGGAGUGACUGGUCCGCUCGAGAUCGAUGGCCGACAAUCGAUCCUGAUCCAGGUCGAUACUAUGGGUGCUCUGGCCCUGAUCAAACCCGGAGUCAGCGAGACAUCAAAACGCCAAGCUAGAGCGCUCCUAGCGAUCACAGUGUGUUCUGUUUCCCCCCAAGCUCACGGCGUCAGAUUUGGCCAGACCAAUUUCAAUCAGUUGACGGAAAUGCUUCCCGAACCUCACCCUGAUCGCGAGACGGCAAGUCACCGGCAACAACACUUAUGGCUGCGCUUUGCUAAUAGUUUGCAGUUCAUGUUUAACGAGCUGCUGUCUGAAAUGGGCGAAUCGUUCGAAAACGCCAUCUUCGGCGGUGUCGCCAAUCUAAGUGCACAUCCUCUUGACAUAUACCGCUUCAGUGGCUCAUCCAACGGCGCCGCAUUUCUGGCAUCGAAUAUAAAAUGGCCUAUCCUUAAGCCGAGCACAUGGGCGUCGCACUCAAUUCGCAUCGAUUUGGAGUAUCCGUAUACCUAUGAGAGUUCGCCGGUGCCAGCUCUGUACACAUGCGCCACGACGACGAAAGAAUUCUGGGAGUCUACUGUUGCGAAGUAUGGCAGCGACGCGCUCCGGAUGCCCCGAGUAUUUGAUACCCGUGUUACGACCGGCUUCGAUGUCUCGUGCGUACCCGCAGCCUGGAACCAUGACUUAAAGACCAAUGCUUCACUCGAGCGGCCGCUGAAGCAAAUGGCUCGUCGGAUACACUAUCGAAGGAAGCAAUACGAAGAGUGGCGGCCGUGGUAUAAGGAGGCUUACGAAGAAUGGCGAAAUUCUCCCUACGGCAACGUGUGGAAUAGGUUCGACCUAGAAAAGGUUCUCGACAAGCAUCUCGUGGGUCGCACAUUCGCAGACGAGCGGGACAUUGCGGAUAUCAUUUCGACUUGGUCGAACCCUCUCGUCUGGCCAAACGCCGGCCCAGAGGAGCUCCCAUGGCUCUUGAAUAGUCACGACAUGAUCGACAAGAGCAACUGGUUCUACCGUGCCAUGUGCAUGCUGAUUACAGCGGUGCUCCCCAUCCGUUUUGAGCCGCUUCACGUGAACCCGCGAAAAGGCCACAUGCCGGAGCUGGUGAAAAACCCCUGGACUGUUCGACCCUCGGUGCUGGAGGGCCAGCCGGAAGAGCAGCGCGCCUUUCUUAACAGCAUUGCCGAUUCGGCGUACCGCGAAUCGGAUCCGAUUGAGAACACAGCAGACUUCGUGCUCAACUUUCCAGGUCACAAACUCGACGGGGAGCAAGGCAAGGAGCCCUACAGCAUCAAGGACCCCCGAUCGCCCCGAGCUCUCCGAAGACACUUUCUCCAUGAAGCGGCUGGCUAUUUCAAGAUAUAUGAGAAUCUCUGUGCGGCGCCGCUGGGUCUCAAAGAAGCCUUUGAGGCAGCCCUCAAGGACGUCGCGGCGCAGGUCGGAAACCUCGCUGACCCCGAUGUCAACAGAGAGGGCACGUGGCUCAACCUUAACUUUGCCAUGCCUGGAUACACUCGCGCGUCGCAAAAAACGUGCCUGUACAACACCAUCGAGCAGUACCGCCCCAUCUGGGGCCGUGACGCGGAUCCAGACCCGGUUGACACGAGCCUGCCCACCUGGGCGCAGAUGGUCGACGUGAUCGCGCCCCUUGAGGACAAGCACCGCGUUAUGUAUCAGUGGAUGCCGGCGGACAUCGUGGAGCAGAACAGUGGAAACGGUAGAGAAGUAUGCAUCAUUGAACGCCGCACCGUCUAUCUAGUCUGCUUCUGGGACGCCGUCAAGCCGCCAGAGAGAAACCCCGCUGCAUGA